AAUAACGGCUCCUCGUGUUUCCGCCAUGAGCCACUCACCGGUAAUCUGCGUGGCUGUAGAGGAGGCUGGCUAGGCAGGAGAGAUCAAAAGCGUUGUACAAAUUAAAUGUCUAUUGUUUCCCGUCUGCAUCAUGCUUUAUUUCCAGUUGGUAAUCAUAGCUGGGACCUUCAUGUUGGCCUACUACUUUGAGUACACGGACACCUUCACCGUACACGUGCAAGGCUUCUUUUGCUACGACACCGCCUACACUAAACCUUACCUGGGACCAGAGGACAGCAGCGCCGUCCCGCCCAUUUUGCUGUAUGUCGUGGUGACUGGGCUUCCUACGCUGUUGAUCACAGUAACAGAGACUGCCCUGUUCUUGGUCCAGUAUACGUCCAAAGAGUUUGACCGUUCAGAGAAGACAGUGGACACUGGGGACUGCUGUUACCUCAAUCCACUGGUGCGCAGGAUUGUCCGCUUUCUUGGAGUCUACACCUUUGGGAUCUUCACUGUUGAUAUCUUCGUCAAUGCAGGGCAGGUAGUGACAGGAAACUUGGCACCCUACUUCUUGACCGUCUGUAAGCCCAACUAUACGGCGCUGGGAUGCCAACAGUCCCUGCGCUAUAUUAGCCACCAGGAGGCCUGCACAGGAAACCAGGAUGAUAUCCAGCAUGCUCGGAAGACCUUCCCUUCCAAGGAGGCAGCACUAAGUGUCUACACUGCACUUUAUGUGACAAUGUAUGUGACGUGCACUGUGCACACAAAGGGUACACGUCUCGCCAAGCCAUUGCUGUCUCUAGGACUUCUUUGUUUGGCCUUCCUCACCGGUUUGAAUCGUGUGGCUGAAUACCGCAACCACUGGUCAGAUGUGAUUGCUGGCUUUAUCAUCGGCUCUGCUAUUGCCAUUUUCCUGGUGAUGUGUGUGGUCCAUAACUUCAAAGGCAAGUUGCUACUGAACGAGGUGUCAUCGGUGGACCAGCAACCCAACACAGCUACGCUGAACAUCAGCCAAGUGCAGAGUCCUCUGGAGAAGUACAUUGCAUCACAGAAUCACCUCGCCUUCGCUGAGAUCACAUGACGUGGAGUCAGCUGUGUGGCAGACCCAUUGGACGUCCACACUCUUCACUGUCAUCGUAUUAACUGGAGUGCAGUGUCAAAUCCAUUCUGUGUCUAGUAUGAUGUAUGUUCUUCUGUGUUGUCUUGAACAGACCCUUAUUGUCAUUUGUAGUUUCUUGUUUUCAAGAAAAAAAGAGGAGCCACUACCUAAAUGAGGCAUAUGGCUUUUGCUUUCUUCAUCUAUGCACUUAUGAACCUUUAUCAGAAACUUACAUUUCAAGUGAUGCUGUAUUGUAAGGCACUGAUUAAAAGGAGACUACAAAAUCUAAAAAAAACAAUCAUAAUAAUAAUGACACUAAUGAUACAAAUAAGGAACUGGAAUCUUUGUUUGUGUGUAAAAUAUAAUUGUUCAAGUAAUGUGGUAGCAAGAGAAAACUGUUCAGUUGGUGAUUGAAUGCCCAAUACUUGUUCUUUUAUUUAAUUACUGUGGUUUCCACAUGACCUGAAAGAGUUAGAAAACUAAAGUGAUGUAUACAAUAACUGUUGAGCAAAAAUCUAUCAGAUUAAAUAACAUGCAAAUUUGGACUUGAAAUGAAACAAUCCAUGAUAUAAGCGUCUACAAAGUAGAACAUUAUAAGAACUACAAACAUUUUCAUUUUUUUAUUCAUGUGUUAUUUAGUUAUCUGGACUGUAUGUUUGUUUGUGUCAGUGAGUGUGCAGUGUAUACAAUCAACUUUGAGAAAUGGAAAUAUGCAGUCUAACUAUAUUUCAGUAUUGUAAAGGAACUCUCAAGAAUUUGUUUGUUGCUCUAGACAAUCACCACCUCAACCUCUUUCUUGUAUCAACCUCUUUCUUGUACCUAAAGAUACAUUUUAAAGCCCCACCUCUACAUUAAAGCCUUUGUUAAUCUGACAGGCCAUGAUAGUGUGACUACAUCUACCUAUUUUUCAUUGUGUUUUUUUUCUGCGACAGCUCAGUGAAUCAUAUCAUACCAUCCUAUAUUUAUUGAUAAAGCACUUGAAGCUGCUACUAUGGACCAAAGUGCUGUGCAGAUUUUCAAAAAGAUUAAACCUCCGGGUUAUAGUGUCAUUCCUUUGAAUGGAGAAAUGUUAUCUUGAUGGACCUGUCUUCUAUGAAAGCUGAUUUAUAGUUAGGACAUUCAUUUCAGUCUCGUAUUAGGCAAUACACUUGAAUGUUUCAGCAGUACAUGCAUGCAUACAUGCAUUUUAGGAAAUAUGUUUAGCUGUUCCUCUGAAUUAAAUUACACAAUAUUAUUGAGAUUAUUGAUUACUAGGGAUGUCCCGAUCCGAUCACGUGAUCGGAAAUCAGGCCCGAUCAUGUGAUUUCAGACUGGAUCGAAAUCGGACAUGGCAUCCCGAUCGGGGAUCAGAUAUAUAUUGUAUUCUCAUUAUUUUGAUAAGUGCAUCAACAAGCAACGGGUCCAUGAGGGCUUGCUUUCUCAACAGCGGGAUGGACACCCUGGCUACCAAGAGGAAGAUUGUAGGUCACUUCAAAAACAAACAUUUUAUUCAUUAAGCCAGAACAUUACAGUAAGGACUAAAAUGAUAGUCUAAAGAGAACAUUACUGCCCUUAUUUUAUGACACUGUAGCAUUUGCUUAUUUGCUUGCAUGCCUGCUGGGUAAGUUGAGCUGGUGUUUUUAUUUAAUUCAAAUUUAUGUUUAAAUUUGGACUAUUUUUACUAGUUAAUAGUUGCACUAUUUUUUACUUGAUUCUUCAAGAGAACUGCAUUGUUUAAAUGCAAAAGCGACAGCCCCAAAACAUCACUGCUCUAGAGGAGAUCUGCAUGGAGGAACGGACCAAAAUACCAGCAACAGUGUAGAAAACCUUGUGAAGACUUACAGAAAAUAUUUGACCUCUGUCAUUGCCAACAAAGGGUAUAUAACAAAGUAUUGAGAUGAACUUUUGUUAUUGACCAAAUACUUAUUUUCCAUUAUAAUUUGCAAAUACAUUCUUUAAAAAUCAGACUGUGAAUUUCUGGAUUUUUUUUUUCAUUUUGUCUCUCAUAGUUGAGACAUGCCUGUGAUGAAAAUUACAGGUAUAUCAUCUUUUUAAGUGGGAGAACAUGCACAACUGGUUUUUUUGCCCCACUGUAACUAUAAAUUAUAUUUAUCUGUGUAUGAUGUGUUUAUAGAAAAAUAAAAUAAAAUGCAAAAUAAACAGAUCCAGGUUGUCCCCAUUUUAUCAUUUUGCAUUUAAACAGUGGAGUUAUC